UAAGAGACAAGAACUGACAUCGCUGAGUUCCUCUUUCCUUUGGGAGAUAAUACGGGAGGAGGAAUAUUCCCCGCACUCCUCUGGCCUCAGAGAAUGACAUACAGAUAGGCUGAGCUGAGGACCCGUGGUGGACGCCCCUCGAAUGCACAAUGGUAGAAAGAUGAAAGCUGUCGAGCAUUCCAGCCACGAACAGAGUGCAAGAAUUGAGCUGAGGUGACACGAGGACAUGCCACGCCGACUCGAGAGAGCUUAGAGGAAGAGGACAGUGCCAGAGUGCCAUCAUGAAGGUGUCCGGACGUGCUCUGGAGCUGAAUGCCAUCUUCCUGGUGGCGGUGCUGCUGCUGGUGUCGCUGCAGGUGUUUCUACAC